UCUGGGCCUCUUUCCUCACCUGAUGGUUUAAAAGUUGUGAGAAGUAACAAAGUGGCCAACUGAGACCUGGUCAGACCCUGAAGAGGAUGUUCCUGGUCCUGGUCUUCCUGGUGGCUGUCCUGCCAGUCAACGCUGAAGGAGGGGAAAUCAUAUGGGGUACAGAGUCCAAACCUCACUCCCGGCCCUACAUGGCAUUCAUAAGGUCUAAGGACACCAAACUCUUUCGCUGUGGUGGUUUCCUGGUGGCAAGAGACAUCGUAAUGACAGCAGCUCACUGUAAUGGAAGCACCAUAAAUGUAACCUUAGGAGUUCACAAUCUCAAGAAACAGAAAAACAUCCAGCUCAUUCCUGUCCGUAAAGCCAUACUUCACGAGGGCUUUAACAAUGAAACACUGGUCAAUGACAUCAUGCUCCUGAAGCUGGAACGAAAAGCUCAACUCAACAGUGCUGUGGAUACUAUUGGCCUUCCAAAGAGCAAGGACUGGGUGAAACCUGGGCAGGUGUGCACAGUGGCAGGUUGGGGAAGCUUGGCCAAUUGCAAUUCAUCUAACACACUCCAAGAAGUGAAUCUAGAAGUUCAAAAAGGCCAGAAGUGUCGCAGCAUGUCCCAAACCUACAACGACUCCCUCCAGCUCUGUGUGGGAAAUCCCAGUGAGAAUAAGGCUACUGGUAAGGGUGACUCUGGGGGACCCUUUGUGUGUAAGGGAGUGGCCCAGGGCAUUGUCAGUUGUCAAUUGUGUACUGGGACACUUCCUCGGGUAUUCACCAGAAUUUCCAGCUAUAUGCCUUGGAUUCGGAAAACAAUGAAACUCCUGCAAGAACCCUAGAACACAAAACCUGUGCUGGGCCCGUGUCCAGCAUCCUGGGUAUAGUUGUCUGAGCCUUAAUAAAGAAAUCUGUCUGCAGGAAA